AGCGCCCAACGAACAUCCUCAUCUAAAAUUCUGAAAUUCCUCGCUGCAAUGGCUCGAAUACGCGUCCGCCAUGUCGUCUUCUGCGCCCUCCUCGUUGUAUUCUUAUACCACAUGCUCCCUAGCGACGAUAUCUCGACAUUACCGCAUCUCCCGCAUUCUUUCUCUGCUGCACCAAAUGCAGGGACCGUACAGCUCGCGCGUUACAUGAACGACCCCAAACAUGUUCCUCGGAUAGUCGCCAACCAAAGUAGCUUCGCCUGGAACACGGUGGAGCUAUCCAACCCACCCGAGCUCACCCCAAAACUUCCAUCACCAGUCACACAACGGCCGCGCAUACAACAUCAAUUUACUCCCGAUUCACGGCAUGUUGCUGCGGAGCAGGAAAAGCGACGGCAGGAGGUGCUUCGAGUCACCAAAAAGGCAUGGGCAGGCUACAAGGACCACGCAUGGAUGAAGGAUGCCCUCAAGCCGACGAGCGGAAACUUUGUCGAUCAAUUCUCAGGAUGGGCAGCAACCUUGGUCGAUAGCCUCGAUACUCUGUGGAUCAUGGGUCUGCGCGACGAAUUCUACGAAGCCGUCGAAGCAACUGCCUCUAUUGACUUUGGCCAAAGCACCUCCUAUACUGUCAACACCUUCGAAACAAACAUUCGCUACCUCGGUGGGCUCCUUGCUGCGUACGACCUCAGCAACCACCCGGUUCUCAAAGCCAAAGCUGUCGAAGUCGGAAACCUCCUCUACCUAGCGUUCAAUACGGCCAACAACAUGCCCGUCGACAUGAUCAACUUCUCGCGCGCAAAAGAAGGAACUCUUCUUGCCAUUGAACCUGGUGUGGUCUCCGCCUCUCCAGGCACUAUAACCCUCGAAUUCGCACGUCUCAGCCAGAUCACAGGCGACUCCAAAUACUACGCUGCCGUCUCGCACGUCAUGGACGUCUUCGCGACUCACCAGAACGACACAAAGCUCCCGGGCAUGUGGCCUAUGAUGGUCGACAUGCGAACUCCAGACGUAACUUCAGGCUACCAAUUCACCAUCGGCGGCAACGCGGACUCUCUCUACGAGUAUCUCCCCAAAGCUGUACACCUCCUCGGUAGUACCUCCCCCUCGACAAAGAAAUACGAAGAAAUGUCGCGCUUGUUCCUCGACACUGCGCAAGCAAAUCUCUUCUUCCACCCCAUGAUCCCAUCGCAUUCCGAAAAAAUCCUCAUCUCGGGCAACGUCGACGUGUUGGGAUCCGGUCCCUCUCUUGAUCCGGAAAGUGAACACCUUUCCUGCUUCAUAGGCGGUCUCUACGCCCUCUCGGCCCGCAUCUUCUCCUCAGAAACCUACCUGGACACGGCUGCAAAACUGACCCGUGGCUGUGCAUACGCGUAUUCUGCAUUCCCCUCCGGCGUGAUGCCCGAGCGCUACAACAUGGUCAAAUGCCCAGACCCGCACAAACCCUGCCCUUGGUCCGCCGCCACCUGGGACGUGGAGAAAAUGAAACGUUCUCAGUGGCGUGAAGACCUGCCUCUCGGCUUCACGACGGCAAAGGACCCGCGGUACAUCCUACGGCCCGAGGCCAUCGAGUCCGUCUUCAUCAUGUGGCGCGUGACGGGCGAGGAAGAGUGGCGCGACACGGCGUGGCGUAUGUUCGAGGCUGUGGUGAAGGCUACCGAAACCGAUAUUGCGAAUGCAGCCAUUGAAGAUGUGGUACAGCCAGAUGGUGGGAAGAAGACGGACUAUAUGGAGAGUUUUUGGGUGGCAGAGACGUUGAAGUAUUUUUAUCUUUGUUUUGCGGAUACAGGAUUGUUGAGUUUGGACGAGUUUGUAUUGAAUACUGAGGCGCAUGGAUUUCGGUUGGAUUGGAGCGGUGGUGGUACAGACGCGUAG